CGCGGCUGAGGCCAGGGGGUUUGUGUGGAUUUGUGUCAUCUCUUUCAAACCUUAGUCUCGGGAAAUUUGUAAACAAAGAACUGGAAUAAACUUUUGGGGUGAGCUGUCAAAUCUCAGAGUUGGUGGGAACCCGUCGCUCCGAGAUGUCAACAGACAGAGUGGAGGACCUGCUGAGUGACGUCGAGCCUCUGCCAUCCUCUCCAUCCCCUCCGCCAUCUCUCUCCAAGCCUUGGCCUCUCCUCUCCUCUCUUUCGCCGUCUUCCCUCGCUCGCUCGUGGCCCUCCUCUCCCCUCUCGGUGCUAGCAGCCUCACGUGAGGUCACUGCCCGCCUCUACUCUUCCCUCCAGCAGAGCCGGGAGCACGGGGCCACAGGUGAAGGGGUCACACGCUCACUCUCGGAACUCCCCAUCAAACCCAGGCAGGUGUCGUUUAAACUCUCCUCAGCCUCUCCAGAGGCGUCUCAGAUGUGGUUAGACACCACUCCUCCAUUUGCCGCUGACCGGCCAGAGCACACAGGGGAAGAGGAGGGGUCUUCUCUGAGCACAAGCAUCUCUGAGGUGGUUGGGCUCACAAAGACACAUGCAGACCUGGGGCCAGAGUUAGAGGUGGGGCAGCUGGUUGAGGAGAUGAGUGCAAAUCUAAAGACAAGUCUCAGCCACAGCAACAGCUUACAGAGUGGCCGACGACACAUUGAGGACAUGGAAAAUUUAAGGAGUCACUUGCAGACCAUGCUGAAAACGAGGCCAGCUGAGAGACGGGAGGCUCCACAACACAGCCAGCAGCUUCAAGAUGACUCGUUUGGCAGUGAAGCAACAUCUCACCUGCUGAAUGCUCCUCUGUUCCCCUCUGUUUCCCCUCCUUUCUCCAUGACUGGUUUGGAGGACCUCUUCCCCCGUUAUUCCCGCUUGCACUCUGAACGAGCUCCAACUCCAUUGCCAGGGGAGACACAGGUGCUGAAGGAGAGUCUGGAGCGUGAACGCACACGUCGAAAGCACUGUGAGCAGCAGCUGUUGUCGCUGCAGAACAGGACUCUGGCUUUGCAGCAGCAGCUGGCCCUGGCCAUCUCAGCCGACAGGAAGAAGGACAUCAUGAUUGAGCAGUUAGACAAGACGCUGGCAAAGGUGGUGGAAGGCUGGCGCCGGCAUGAGCAGGACAAGAGUGAGGGAGUGAAGAGACUCCAGGAGGAGAAGGAUGCGGCUGAGAGGGCACACACCAAACAGCAGGAGACACUGGCCGAAUUUGAGAAGUGCCUCUCUCAAGCUGCAGAGGCUUUAGACAGAGAACAGACGCUGAAAGAGGAGCUGGAAAUCUCCAACAAAGAACUGGAGAAGCAGGUGCUGGAGCUGCGCACGUCUGUGGAUCAGCUCCGGGAGGAGCGGCAGCGCCUGCGGGCAGAAGUGGAGGAGACGAGGUCCGAGGCGGAGAGGCUCCAACUCCAGACCCAGGCCUCUCGGGCCCAGCUGGAGCAGCAGCGGGAGCAGAGCAGCCGCAGCCUCAGGGAGCUGCAGGAGCAACUCAGCCAGCAAGCGCGGGAGCUGGAGACCGAAAGGCUGAGUGGUGAGCAGGCCCAGCAGCGUUGUGAGGACCUGCGUGCUCGGCUGAAGGAAGAGCAGGAGCAGCUGGAGGAGAUGAGGAGGGAGAGAGACGCUGCCAGGGUGGAUCGAGCUUUAGACCAGGCUCGUUUUGAAGCAGAGCAUUCUCAGCUGGAGGUGGAACUGAAGCUGUCGGUGGAGCAGCAGGUUACUGAGAGACUUGUGCAUAUUCAAGAGGAGAAUGCCACCGGCACCUCCAAGCUACGAGAACAACACAGGAAGCAGUUGCUGGACCUGAGUUCUCGGCACGACAGGGAGAUGUCAGCCCAGCAGACGGAGUUCAGAGCCCAGCUGCAGGAGCGUGAGGACAAGCUGCACACCGUCACACAACAGUAUGAUAGCAAACUGUCCGCGAUGCAGGAGGAACUGGUUUCUAUGGCAACCUGCAAGCGAAGGCUGGAGCAUCAGAGGGCAGAGCUAGUGUCUCGUCUGCAGGGCAUGAUGCGCUCCCAUUGGACUGAGGCUUUGAGGCUGUUGGCCAACCAGGAUCAGUUGGAAGGCCCCCUCUCACCUCACUAUCUGUGGGAACGUACCGGGACCCAUUCCUUUCCAGUGGAAGAAAACACAACAAAUUGCAAGCAAAUCAACACAGACAGCACACAUUCAACAGUCCCUCAGGCAGUGGUGCUCCAUCUGUCCAGAGAGAGAGAGGGAGGGAUGAGAGGAGAGCGAGAGAUGGGAGCUGGAGGAGAGUCUGAUAACACCGUCUUUAACCACAGCCACAUCUUCACGCCCCUCGAACCGCAGCUGGAUGAGACUGGCCUUACAGUGCUUGGCAACUGUGAUCUGGAGCUCUGGCAGAAGGUGCGAGGUGAAGAGGGGGAUGGAGGAAGGAGAGGGAAGGGAGGACAGGAGAGAACAGACUGUGCAGAGAGAGAGAUGACCGACAGGCAGCAGAAGCGGGAGCAGCAGAGUCACAUUCAUAGCACAAGUGAGAUGCUCCACCCAGACCCUUUCCAGACCCCAAGCCAGUUCAAGAGCUUACGACAGUUCCACACAUCCAAUCAGUUCCAGAACUCAAGUCAGAUCCAGAAUUUAAGCCAUGUUCACGCCUCAGAUCAGUUCCAGAACUUGAGCCAGCUCCAGACCACAACUCAGUUCCCCGGCUCAAGUCAGGCAUCAAGUCAGUUCCAGAGCUCAGGUCAGCUCCAGAGCUUGGCUGAGGCAGAGAGCAUGGGUCACAGCCUGGCACAGAAUUCUAGACAGAAAUCUCAAGCGUCCAGUCAGGAUGGGCCUGAGCGCGGCUCAAGGUCACGGCAGCCUCCUGCUCACUUCAGGGCUCACAGUGCCAGUGAGAGCUCCAGUCGCCUCCAUACCGCCAGCCAGAGCCUCAGCCAGACCGAGGUUAGCUCCUCCUCCCCCGACCAACGAGCCAAUCACAGUGGCUUCAGCUCGGAGGUGUACAGCAGUGAUUUGGAGAGAGGGCCUCCAGUUAAACACCGCAGCCCGCCCCUGAAAGUAAAAAGCAUGGAGGGGUCGUCAUCACUGGGCCAAGAGAGACAGAGUGAGCUCCAGUACUAUAUCACCAAGCUUUUGGACUGUUCCCCUGGUGAGCCAGUCCUAGAUGCGCAGGUUGCGGCCCUGACCCAGAGCACCAGAGGGCCAUCGGGAGCCCUGCACUCAGAGCCACUGAGCCAGCUGCUCACGCAGCCCCAGGCCAACACCCAGGCCAUGCAGCACAUCCAGCAGCUCUACAACAACCUGCUCAGGACUGAGUAUGAGAAGAACAUGGCUGCUGUCCAAAGCAACCUGGAACAGAAGCUUAGCAAGCUGGAGCAGAGGGAGCAGGAGGCUGAGCCACCACAGCCCUGUCCAGUCACAGAUCAGCGGCAACCACCGCAAACCACUGUCACCCGUGUACGCAAGAUCGGACAAGGCCAAGGUCACAGGACGGGGUCAGCCAAGGUCACAGCUUGGAGAUGACGGAGAAUGAGUGUGAGUUUGUGUGUGUGUGUGUGUGUGUGUGUGUGUGGUUGUAUGGUACAACCUUUUUUUUGUAUUCACAACAUAUGAUGAAUAAUCAUAUUUCACUUGACCACAAAACCAAGAAACAGACUGAACUGAUUCCUAGUCCUGUUCAAUGUGUUUUUAAAUGAAGUGUUCAGACUUGUAUUAAAUGAUGGC